UGCCCAUAACCUUCCUUCUAUCCUCCUCUCUAUGGUCCGCCUCGCUUCUCGCGAGAGCAAGCGACGACGAGGUUAGCCCUCGGAGAAGUCCUCUCGCAACUCCGCCAGAAGUCCUGCCAGUGACGUCACUCCGGCUCCCCUCCGCUUCCUCCUCCUCCUCCAGCUUCUUCCUACAACACCCGGCCGGGCCCGCCUCAAACUCCUGAGUGACGUCUCCGGAGAAUCAAUGGGCCUCCAGGAGUGUCGGAUUGCACAUCCCAUUGUUAAAUGUACUUACUGUCGAACUGAAUUCCAGCAAGAGAGCAAAACCAACACGAUAUGCAAGAAAUGUGCUCAGAAUGUGAAACUUUACGGGACGCCAAAACCUUGCCAGUAUUGCAACAUAAUUGCUGCCUUUAUUGGUAACAAAUGCCAACGUUGUACAAACUCUGAGAAGAAAUACGGGCCUCCACAUUCCUGUGAACAGUGCAAGCAGCAGUGUGCCUUUGACAGGAAAGACGAUAGGAAAAAAGUGGAUGGGAAGCUUCUGUGCUGGCUUUGCACCCUGUCCUAUAAACGAGUCUUGCAGAAGACCAAAGAGCAACGUAAACACUUGAGCAGCUCUUCCCGAUCAAGCUUGCAAGAGAAGGAACAGUAUGGUAGGCUCAGUAGCAGUGGCCAUUAUAACAGCCAGAAAACAUUGUCUACAUCAUCAAUUCAGAAUGAAAUCCCAAAGAAGAAACCCAUGUUUGAUGCCAUAUCAGCCAAUGGGGACAGCGUUCCUUCCUCUCCCGAGAUGCUUUGCCCCCCUAUCCAGAGUGCCCCGUCCGUGUUGGUGCAGUGGGCUGCUUCCCAACAGAGUCUCGUUGCCCAUGAUUGUCCUGUUUCUCAAGGCACUGACAUCCUGAAUUUUUCUCCAGACCUUGCCUUGGAUUCUCCCGGCACAGACCAUUUUGUCAUUAUAGCUCAGUUGAAGGAAGAAGUGGCCAGUCUAAAGAAAAUGCUACACCAAAAGGAUCAGAUGAUCCUGGAGAAAGAGAAGAAGAUAACUGAGCUGAAGGCCGAUCUACAGUACCAGGAAUCGCAAAUGAGGGUUAAAAUGAAUCAAAUGGAAAAGACUCACAAGGAAGUAACAGAACAAUUGCAGGCCAAGAACAGAGAACUCCUGAAGCAAGCUGCAGCUUUGUCCAAGGGCAAAAAGCCUGAGAAGCCAGGAGCAAUCACCUCCCCUUAAACGCAACACAGAAAUCCAUCCCACAGUAAAGGAGCCUUUGGGCUAAGACUCACACCACUUCUGGUGGAAUCUUUCCUGAUCCUCACUUUGACUAACGUUGCAACAGACAUGACGGGAACCUGUUGUGCGCAGCCACUCAGUAGCAUGCUUGAGUGUUGAGUGUUUGAUAAUGCACUUCUCCAGCAACAAGGGAUGCAUCCCACUAUCCCCGUCCCUCCAGGUUCCCCCCACUCAAAACACUCGCAGCGUGGACGUUUUCAGAAUUGGUUUGAUUAUCACUGCCAUCUGGCCUGUAAGGAAAAAGGGAUUGUGUUGGAAACAAGAUAUUCCUGCUGUUGUUCUCUCUCUCUCUGUCCUGGGCAUACAGACCUGGAAGUACUUUUCAGUGUUCUGCUUGCGUUUAGCAUUUGAAAGGGAAAUUCUUAACUCUCCUUACUCAUGGAGCAUUAGGCCAGAAUGCAAAAGCAUUUCCUUUAUUGGAGGGGGCAGGAUUCAAGGUUUGGAGGGAGUUGCAUUAAACAAAAACAGUUGCCAUCUAGAUUUCUAAUGAGUUAGCCCUUUUCAAACACAACAUUAGGAACAUUAAUUUGGAGGGAAGAGGAUUUUACCCGUUUUAUUAUGCUAAUAUACACAGCUUUUUUAUUUUCAAAGAAUAGUGGUAGGUUUGGGGUUUUCAUCAUCAAGAUUUGAUCUCUUUCUUCUGUUUGUUUACACUCUUGUGGGGAGGAAAGGGUGAAGGAGAUGGAUCGUCUGCUAGGAUCGAGUGUAAGGUGAGACCAUUCCCAAGAAAUAACGGGGUGUAUCCCAACAAUAACAACACACAACUAUGCACAGUGGUUUUUGUGAGCGUGUUAAGGAAUGUCUGUCCAAUUUUCAGUUAACACGUCAUCGUACAAGAGGACAAGAGCUGUAGAAAAAGAGGAUGGAUGUUCUCCAAAACGAUUUUGACUCCAUGAGAGAAGGGGACUGUUGGGAACUCCAUUGAAGUCAACAGGGAAUCUAAUGGCUUAGCUUCCUGUCCUAAUCACUGGAGAGAGUUAAAUGAUUUCAGCCCCUCUUUUAUCCAUGCCUAAAGGCAUCUCUCUGGAAACAUGGAGUAUUCAGAAUAAGAUGCACUGCCAACACUGGGGCAAGGCAAGAAGGUCUCUGGCCAAAUUGUUCCCUUAUUCAAGGCCCUGGCCACAGAACUUGUUUAGGGAAAGAGACCUGACCUUGGAAGUGUGUGCCAUACAGCAACUUGAGCUGAAAAAUUGCCCUUAAAAAAAAACGGACACUACUCCAUCGAGAGUUUUUAUGGAUAUUUUAAAUAUAUAUAUAUAUAUAUAUAUAUAUAUAUAUAUAAAGGAUGUUUUUCUUUUAUAGCACUUUGAAGAACCAUGAUCCUUGAAUGUGGAAGGAAUAAUAUUAAAAUGAAUUCUCUGCUGUAGGUUACUUAUAUUUUGUUGGAGGUUUUUUUUUAUUAAAAGUGACUCAGCCUAUUUUAGAAAUCAUCAAGCUGGAAGAGUAUAACAGUGAAGACCUUAAUUUUUAUACAUAAAAUGUUCUUACGGAGAAGAGAACCUGAUUCACGGACGUUUUAAAAAAAAUUGAUACUGAUUUUUAGAUUCUUUAGUCUAUAAAAACGAAGACGAAGAAGGGGCUUUCUGUAAAUAGUGUCUCUUUUCUCAAUGGUGUCAACUCGAUCAUGCAUUUUAAGUGAGUGAUUUAUAGUAAUGCUAUUUCUCUUGUUUGUAAUAUUGAUGACCUUAAAAGAAUGCUUUUGAUUUGUACAAAAAAUGUAAAUAUUGUGUGUAUGGGGGGCGGGGGUGUUUAGGUUUGGGAAGGGGAAAUCCUUCAGUGGUUUCAUGUUCUGAUAUUUUGUCUAUAAUCCUUUUUCUGGUCAAGUCAGCCAAUCUCUUCUUGGUCUUGGGCCUAAUCCAGCAUAGACCCUGGCCGUUGAUGCCGGUGCUAUUGUGGAAUUUGAUGUAUGUAGAGGAUUAAACAGUAUUUUCUGUAACUAGGGUUUCUUGUUCUGUGAGACUCCUUCAGUAUUGCCACAUAACUGCAGCUAUUGUUAUUUUAAAAAAUGAA